GUUUUUCAGUUGUUUGAAGAUAUUCGGUGCGGUUAAAACGAUUGAAAUCGGAUCGUGCUGAAGGCGAAUAUUAAGAGUUUGUUUAUGUUUGGCUUUCCAGACAUCAAAAAGGAAAUUUAUUUUUAGCAGAUUAAUUCAUUAAGCAACGUUAUGAAGUGGACCUUGCUUCUUUUUUUUGGCCUUCUGGCUUUAACAACAAAAACUCUUGCAGAGGAAGAUAUUGAUUUAGCCGAUUUUGAUCUGUCUGAAAUAAAUGACAGUGAUGAGGAGCUUUUACGGGAAAUUGAAGAGAAAAGUUUAAAUAAUGACAUAAACCGUGAAAAUGAAAUUGCAAAUAAAAUAGCUGCCGACGCACUUGAUGCCCAAAAUAAUGUAUUAAAUCCAGUUGUAGAAAUUGAUCCAUGCGAAAAGAUGCAUUGUGGUGCUGGACGUGUAUGUCAAUUAAACGGUAUUGUAGCUAAAUGUGUCUGCAUACCGGAAUGUCCAGAAGAAACAGAUGUACGUCGUCAUGUGUGCACCGGUAAAAACGAAACUUGGCCAUCUGAUUGUGCUGUAUACCAACAACGUUGUCUAUGUGAUACACAUGAACCAGGUUGCAAAAAUCCCGAUAAUGUCCAUUUACACAUUGAUUACUAUGGUGUAUGUCAUGAACAACAGGAAUGCACAGAAGAAGAUAAGAAAGAUUUUCCACGUCGCAUGCGUGAUUGGCUCUUUAACGUUAUGAGAGACUUAGCUGAACGUGAUGAACUUACCGAACAUUAUAUGCAAAUGGAAUUGGAAGCAGAAACGAAUAUGACACGCCGUUGGGCUAAUGCUGCUGUUUGGAAAUGGUGUGAUUUAGACAGUAAUACCGAUCGUUCAAUUUCACGUCACGAACUUUUCCCAAUUCGUGCACCUCUAGUUAGCUUGGAACAGUGUAUAGCACCAUUCCUUGAUUCUUGCGAUUCAAACAAUGAUCAUCGCAUUACCUUAGUAGAAUGGGGUGCCUGCUUGGAAUUAGAUGAAGCUGAUCUACACGCACGUUGUGAUGAUAUACACAAAACUGUGCCACAUUUGCUUGGUUAAGUCUCACUACUUAGAGGUGUAAACGGGAUGUUAUAUAUAAAUCAUAUAUUUGUCGUUAAAAAUAUAUUUCAAUAAUGUGCCGCAAAAAAUGUCAAUGUAAUUUAAUAAAUCUUAAUGUAAUUUUUUUUUUUACAAAUAUUUGCUUUAAACAUAUUGUACUAACUGUAAUAAAUCAAAUAAUGUACAUAUACAUAUAUGUAGAAAUAUUAUUCAAAUAAAGUUGGAAA